GACGUAGUGCUGCACCAACCAAUCGGAUGCGGCAACACCGGAACACAGGAGGCAGGACCUCUGGCGGUUUGUUGCCUUGCCCGUUAGUGUCGGGGCGGUGCUUCCGGCGGGCUUGCUGCAGUUGCCUGCGACCCAGCGGUCAUGAGCCGGCCCAGCCGGCUGCAGAGGCAAGUUCUGAGCCUGUACCGAGAGCUGCUGCGCGCCGGGCGGGGGAAACCGGGCGCCGAGGCACGGGUGCGAGCCGAGUUCCGGCAGCACGCCAGCCUUCCGCGCUCCGACGUGCUGCGUAUCGAGUAUCUGUACCGCCGGGGACGGCGCCAGCUACAGCUGCUGCGUUCCGGCCACGCCACGGCCAUGGGUACCUUCGUGCGCCCGCGGGGCCCGACAGAGGAACCCGGCGACACGGCAACCCCAGGGACCACGCGGAAGGAUAGCGAUGGCCCAAAGAGUCCUUGUGAAGGCGCAGGGGCACAGGAGACGAGAUCCGAUGGACGGUGACCGAUCCAGAGAAAGGUCCCUCCGGAUAGUUUAGGGAAGACCGAGACCUCAUCUGAUGGAAAGUAUGUCUUGAGAGACAGCCGAACUUUCUUGAUGCAUGGUGAAAGAUUCGACAUUUCCCUCACCAAGAAGGUUCCAGGCAUGCUGUGGCGCCGGUAGGCUGCACCAUGUAUGCUGUGAUGCGCUAACCCAAAGUCAAAGAGAGCACAAACGCACUUCCUCUUCCCCACGGACGAAUAGGAGCCUAGACACCUCUCUUGACUUCUGAGAACACACCCACCAGGCACUCUUGAGGGCCUGCCCUUUGCUCUUUGCUCACGGAGAAAAGCAGACUUUUAACUGAGCAAGUUUAAUAAAUACCCUCAUGAACCGUGAGAAACUGGCAGACCGUCGUGGAAAACCGUUGUCCCAUUCAUUGUGCCAACCCAGAAUUGUAAGAGAGGGUUGACAGUAGCUCAUCACAGCUGAUCAGCCAAAGGCUCCUGGAGAAUCCCUCCUGGGCGGUUCUAAGAGGCAAUCUCUACUCCUGUUUGUCUUCCUCAGGAUUCUUGUAGAAAGAAAAUAAAUGUGAGGUGUGCUUA